AUGAAAGAAGCCCCAACACCACUCGCGGAUGGCGAACGAACAGCUCUGUCAGUCGAUGACGUCGAUCGACUUGCCGCAAUACGGUCCUGGCCCAGGACACGGCUCAGGUAGUUGUCACAUUGCUUGGGAAGUGUCGAUUGAUCGAUCCCUCAACAGGGAUGCCUCCGUGUAGUAAUUCACGCGAACAGCAAAACGUCUAGGGGAGCAGCCCCUUGACAUGAUGUCAACCAAUCAUCCAUCCAGCCUCAGACGCAGAUAUCGAACGGGUGGGCCGAUCCGAACUGUUCUUGAGACAAACCGGCCUCGAGCUCGCGACGUCCGAAGCGGUCGUCGUGGAAGCUCUGCAACGAAUACGGGACAAGUUGCAGCAUGCAGCAUAGCUACGGAUUCGAGUAAGUGACUUCAUGAACUGUGCUCUAGGUGUGGGAUUGUUCAGGAGCUAAUGGAAAACUACCAAGCAGCAAUUCCCUUCAACACGUCUUCGUUGAAUGUCAACCCUCGAGUUGCUUUCCUCCACCAUCAAUUGGUGACUGCAUUCGUGAGUUUCACGUGACAUUGGCUGUGCAGGCAGGUAUGACGGAAAAACUGAUACGAAAAACAGACAUUGUAUCGUCAGUGACAGGAGGUGACCCUAUCCCCGAAAAGCGGGGGCACCCAUCGUGGCCUGUCUGGGAAAAUGACAUCGAUGCCCACAAACACCCCAUAUUCUACAACAACGCUCGCGAAGGAAGCAGGCCACGGGAAAAUACAGCGGAAGGAUUGGCUUCGUACGGUUGAGAAUCCAGGUCCAUGGGACACUAAAUGUGAGUCUUCACUGUCAUUGCUACAGAUGGACAACAGCAAGAAUACUGACAGUUGUAAUAAACGAAUCACACAGAAAAACAUGCUUUGGUUCCGUGGAUUGCGGCUCACCAUCCCGUGGCAGAUCCUCAACGGCUCGGUUCGGUGGAGUGACCGUCGUAUUGGCAGGUGUGUGCCAAUCUUUCAAAAGCAAAGCGCAGGGCGGCAUGACUAACUGAUCGAUUGGACUGCAACAGCACAGGGGAUCCGAAGCAAUGCCUUCCCGUUAUUCCCAAGUCAUCGCCUGCACAAAUCGUCGACGCUUGCAUCAUGAAUGCUGACUUCUGGGGAGAUCUCUCUGUAAGUAGUAGUCCUUGCCUGACUUUUGGACCCUAUACUAACAACGGCACGGUGCGAGCGCAGACAAACAUGCGUCUUCUGGCCACUGCAGACCGCAUGACCGGAACGGAACGGGCAAAGGCACAGGGCUUUGCAGAUUGGCUCUUAGGAGUUGCAGACGGCUCGGCGAACGAAACAGAAGACUAUCGCGCUCCCACGUGAGCUUCUCCUGCCGGCGACCACGACGAACAGAUCCAGGUUGAUCAGAGUUUAUCCCGGCCCCGCGCUCGAACUGGACAAUAUGUCGAUAGGCGAAAAAGUCGAAUACUUCCGACAUCGAGCAAUUCUGGCGCCCAAAGAUUCGCAGGUGGAUCAGAUCAACGACAUGGUGCUCGACCUGCUGCCGGGUGACGCUCAAACGUUCUACAGCCCGGAUUCGGUCGACGAAAACGAAGACGAAUCACUGUUCUCGAUCGAGUAUCUUCAGAGUCUCAACAUCUUCGGGAUGGCGUUGCUCCACACUCGACGCGGGUCUUGACGACGGUCUGA